AGUUUGUCCUCAGAACACUUGAAUAACAAUAUGCUGGAAGGAGAAUAUGAAAUAUUUCCCGCACACCCACCUUUAAGAGGAUUGGACUACUUCUUCUGUACUACUGCAGUGGCGUUAGGAGCUGGUGGCGGUAAUGUUCCACCUCGUUUGCAAAGUGUCAUCAAACAUCAAGAAGAAGAAGAGGACGAUGACGAGAAGGAAGAAGAAGAGGAGCCAGUAGAAACUGAAAGCAAUCACGGACUUCUGACAAGGUGGCAGCCUCAACAGAAUCACUGAUUUCCUGGAAGACAGCAGGUGAAGCAGGUGUUAACGUAGACGGAGCCAGGAGGAGGACUGAUUUACCUGUAAAGACAAGGAUCAGGGGAAAAACAGGUGACAAAGAGGGCUGCAAAUGGCUGGCUUCCUGGACAACUUCCGCUGGCCAGAGUGUGAAUGCCUCGACUGGGGGGAGAGGAGGAACACAGUGGCUUCUGCUGUGGCUGGAGUUCUGUUCUUCACAGGCUGGUGGAUUAUGAUCGAUGCAGCAGUGACAUAUCCAUUCAAAGAGAUGCAUCAUGCCUUCCACACCUGCGGGGUCUUCUCUACCAUAGCAUUUUUUAUGAUCAAUGCAGUUUCUAACGGCCAGGUGAGAGGAGACACGUAUGGAGAGGGCUGCUUCGGCAGGACAGGAGCUCGUGUCUGGCUCUUCAUCGGCUUCAUGAUGAUGUUCGGCUCACUCAUUGCCUCCAUCUGGAUCCUGUUUGGAGCUUAUGUGGUGCCCAAGAACGAGGUGGCUCCGGGGCUGGCUGUGUUCUUUCAGAAUGCCUUAAUCUUUUUCAGCACUCUGAUCUACAAAUUCGGCCGGACUGAAGAUUUAUGGGGCUAGAGUUUCACACACACACACACACACAUUGAUCUUUCGUCCUAAUGUAAACUCGUCGUCUGUCUUUAGAUUCAGACUUUUUGUUUGUUCAUGUUAAAUCUGUUUCAAUGAGAGAACUGCUGUUUGUAUGUUAUUGUGAGCUGAGGAGCAGGUGUUCAUUUAUUCAUUCACUGUUUCAUGUGAUCAUCUGUUGACUAUGAGUUGGAGUGUAAUGUCACUGUAGUGUACAAGGUGUAUAAACAAAUUGUAAAGUGUGUGUGUGAGAGCAAACGAACACAUACUGUCUGUACUGUGUGUCAGGUUCAGUACAUGCACUGGACUCUUCAGGGUCAGUUUGCUGUUGACAGGUGAGUCACUGUCGUUCUGCCUCAGGAUCAACUCUGUGUUUUUUAAAUAGCCUCCUCUGUCCUCUUGUUUCUACCUGAAAAUGUGCUGUAAUAUGAGAUGUAAGUAUUCACUUGCUUUUUAGCCAUUUUAUUUAAGUAUAGAACAAAACUUGUGAAGCUGUCAGUCAGGACUGCUGUAAUCAGUGUUAAAGACCUUGUUACGGCUCUUUGCUGCCACAUAGACUGUAUUCAGAAAGUCUUCAGACCCCUUCAAUGUUUUCACAUUUUCUAAUGAUAAAAUCAAAAAUAUAUUUUUACAUGACAAACAGUUCAGUCUUUGACCUUAAUAUCAUCAACAUGGUGGUGAUGGAAUAAACCUCUCUCUCUGUGUCCUCUCCUACCAAGACCCAUCUCCCUGAUGUCUGUUAGUCCAGGUCCAGCUCUAGAAGAGUCCUGGUUGUUCCAGACUUCAUGUCAGAAUGAUGGAAACCACUGUUCUUCUCAGGAACCUUCAGUGUAGCAGAAAUGUUUUUGAGCCUCGACACAAUCCUGUCUCUGAGCUCUGCAGCAGUUCCUUCCUCCUCAUGGUUUCUGCUCUAAAACAAUAAAGGUUCUGAAGACUUUCUGAGUGAACUGUAUAGACGUGCAUUACACUGUUUUUGAUCAAUAAGAUCCUCUUGUACCGUAAAGCUUUGACCUGCAGGGAGUUAAAGAUGGAGAAACCCAGAGAAGAUGUAGGCCUACGUCAUGUUGCCUGUAUGAAAAAUGGCAUGAAAAAUAAAAACAGUGUUUUAUUGGUCAAAGUUGGACAACA